AUGGCGGUAUUUGAAGCAUUAAUUAUAGUGCUUUUACCCCGAGUGGUGUGCAUGAUUCCCAGUGCUAAAUGCAGCAUAAGUGAACCUCUGCCUUUUCUUCACCAGCAAUAUGAACCUGGAGACUCCGUUAUUAUAGGCAUUUUGUCUAAGAUCUACAUAUUCUAUACAGUGAUGGACUUCAAUGAAGCACCGUCUAGUAAUCUCUUUGAUGAAAUCCUAGUGAUGACACCAAUGUAUCAGCAAUUCCUGGCUCUGCAAUUUGCACUCAAGGAGAUCAAUGAAAAUCCCCACAUUUUACCCAAUCACACCCUGGGCUUCCAUGUCUAUAACAGUUAUUUUAAUCCCACGUGGACCUAUCGUGCCUCCUUAGAACUGUUCUCCACCAAGGAGAGAUUCAUCCCAAACUACAGGUGUGACAUGCAGAAAAGACCAAUAGCUGUCAUUGGAGGAUCAACAUCUGCAGUUGGAGACCACCUGGCCACUAUCCUUUCCCUCUACAAGAUGCCACAGCUCAACCAAUUUGUAAGAAGGGUGUCUUUCAAUAACAGUGCAGGGGAAAAAGUUUCCUUCAGUCAGAAUGGAGAGUUGGAGGUUGGAUUUGAUAUUAUGAACUGGAUCAUAUUUCCAAAUCAGUCUUUUCUGAGAGUCAGAAUUGGAGGGAUCAAUGGCAUGGAUUCUCAAGAAAUAACAUUCUCUUCUCCUGAAGAAUCUAUUGUGUGGCCUAGGAGAUUUAAUCAGGUCCAGCCACUUUCUCUGUGUAAUAACAAGUGCCACUCAGGAUACAGUAAGAAAAGGAUAGAAUCAAAGCCAUUUUGCUGCUAUGAUUGUCUUCGGUGUCCUGAUGGGGAGAUUGCUAACAAGGAAGACAUGGAUGACUGUUUUCAUUGUUCAGAAGAUCAGUACCCAAACAACAGCCAAGAUCUGUGUCUCCCAAAAGCAUUAACUUUCUUGAUGUAUGAAGAAAUUUUGGGAACCAUUUUAGCCAGCUUUGCUAUUUUCUGUUCUUUCAUUACAGCUGUGGUCUUCUGGAUUUUUAUUAAACACCAGGAUACUCCUCUUGUUAAAGCCAAUAACCAGAACCUGACCUAUGUUCUCCUGGGUGCUCUAUUAUUAUCUUUUCUUUGUGCUUUGCUAUUUAUUGGUCAACCAUCCAAGGUGACCUGUGUGUUUCGUCAAACUGCUUUUGGAGUUGUCUUCUCAGUGGUCAUUUCUUGUGUUUUAGCCAAAACUGUCAUUGUGGUUCUGGCUUUCAUGGCCACCAAGCCUGGGACCAAGAUCACCAAGUGGGUAGGGAAAAAACUUGCCAUGUCUGUAGUGUUUGGCUGCUCCUUUGUUCAAGGGAUUAUAUGCACAGUGUGGCUGAUAAUAUCUCCUCCAUUCCCUGAUGCUAACAUGAGUUCAAUGGCAGAAGAAAUAGUUCUGGAAUGCAAUGAAGGAUCCAACUACAUGUUCUACUGUGUCUUGGGCUACAUGGGUUUCCUUGCCUUUAUUAGCUUCAUAGUGGCUUUCCUAGCAAGAAAAUUGCCUGAUGCUUUCAAUGAAGCCAAGUUUAUCACUUUCAGCAUGUUGGUCUUCUGCAGUGUCUGGUUGUCCUUUGUUCCAGCAUACCUGAGCUCAAAGGGAAAAUAUAUGGUUGCUGUGGAGAUCUUCUCUAUCAUAGCCUCCAGUAUUGGAAUAUUAAUUUGCAUCUUUUCCCCCAAAUGUUUUAUUAUUAUAUGGAGACCUGAUCUAAAUAAGAAAGAAAAGCUAAGCACCAAAAAUCAUUAGAAGAAUAUAAACCUGGA